GGUAAUUCAAUAUUCUUUAAACUGACACUUAAAAAAAAUGAUCAAACGAAGGCCAUUAGCGUAAUUGUGAACCACCGCACCAACCAACUCAAUUCAGUUACUCACUGAAACCUUCCACCGACCGCGGCCAUGGCUGCGCUGUCCUCCGCCAUUGCUUCCGCCGCCAAACCCUUCUCGCUGCCCCAAACCCGCUGCGCCGGAGUGGCGGCGCUCCACUUUCCCAAACCUCACUUCAAGAAGAAGGAAUUCAACUUCGCCGAAGUUUCACUCUCACUCCGUUCUCUUCCCCGUCUUCGUGUUUCCUCCAACGAUGCUCACUUCAACUCGAGGUCCGAGGAGAGCCAACAGCCACAGCCGAGUUUCGCAGAGUUCAUCACUUCGGAGAGAGUCAAAGUGGUGUCCAUGCUGGCCCUCGCCCUUGCCCUCUGCAACGCCGAUCGCGUCGUCAUGUCCGUAGUCAUCGUGCCAUUGUCCCUUGCCAACGGGUGGAGCCGAGCCUUCGCCGGAAUCGUCCAGUCGUCUUUUUUGUGGGGGUAUCUGGCUUCUCCUAUAGUUGGAGGGAUGUUGGUGGAUAACUACGGUGGCAAAGUGGUAAUGGCUUGGGGAGUGGCCUUGUGGUCACUUGCUACUUUUCUUACGCCUUGGGCUGCUCAGACCUCUCUCUUGGCUCUCCUAGUCGUUCGUGCUAUGCUUGGCGCUGCUGAAGGUGUCGCUCUUCCUUCCAUGAAUAACAUGGUUGCCAGAUGGUUUCCAAAAACAGAACGAUCAAGGGCUGUCGGAAUCUCGAUGGCUGGGUUUCAGCUUGGAUGUGCAAUAGGGCUCACACUUUCUCCCAUUCUCAUGUCGCAAGGUGGUAUAUUUAGUCCCUUUGUGAUUUUUGGACUGUCUGGUUUUCUUUGGGUGUUGGUGUGGUUGUCAGCAACGUCUAGCACUCCUGACCGGAGUCCUCAAAUAUCAAAAUAUGAGCUGGAGUAUAUAUUAAAUAGAAGGCAGACGUCUUUUCCAGUGGAGACAUCUAAGUCCAAGAAAGUUAAAGUGGUCCCUCCUUUCAGGCGCUUGCUUUCAAAGCUGCCAACAUGGUCUCUGAUCGUUGCUAAUGCCAUGCACAGUUGGGGUUUUUUUAUUGUUCUUUCAUGGAUGCCCAUAUACUUCAGCUCGGUGUAUCGUGUGGAUCUCAGACAUGCAGCAUGGUUUAGUGCAGUUCCAUGGGCUGUGAUGGCUAUCAUGAAUUACCUUGCUGGUUUGUGGUCGGAUAUGAUGAUACAAAGUGGUAUAAGUGUCACUUUGACUCGGAAGAUUAUGCAGACCAUUGGUUUUGUUGGUCCUGGACUCUGCCUCAUUGGCUUAGCGACAGCAAAAAGCCCCUCAGUUGGCUCUGCUUGGCUUACUUUAGCUUUUGGCCUGAAAUCUUUCAGUCACUCUGGCUUUCUUGUGAACCUUCAGGAGAUUGCACCACAGUACUCUGGUGUUUUGCAUGGAAUAUCGAAUACUGCUGGAACAUUGGCUGCUAUUAUAGGAACAGUUGGAGCUGGGUUUUUUGUUGAGCUAGUCGGUUCCUUCCCAGGAUUUUUGUUGCUUACAUCGUUCCUUUAUUUUCUUGCUGCUCUUUUCUACUGCCUAUUCUCUACUGGAGAAAGAGUAAAUUUUGAUGAUCCUGCUGUUGUCUGAGAGUGGUGGAAGUUACUGUAUCAUGUACAGUUCAAUUUCUUGUAUGCCAAAGGAGAUAGCCGAAGAAUGACAGAGAUGGUUACGUGUUCUAACCAUCACGGUUGUGAAGUGUAAAACAGAUACUAACCAUCUACAUAGUGUAAAAUGAUCUAUAUAUAGUUUGCUUUUUGCUUUCCCAUUUGUAUUGACAUAAAGCAUUUGGAGUUUUUAGGUUUUUUGUGUUCCGAGAAUGAAUUUAGAAAAAGAGAAGAAAAAAAGUACAGUAAAAAGGUUUAUUUUCUGAUCUUGCU